UUGUGAUGUGCCGCUAGCCAUCCAGAUGGUGGAAAGGCUGAUAGUCUAAGCCUUAUGUCUUCAGGAGUAUAAAUGUGUUUCUCUCCCAGUUUGGAAAAGUUUGUGCGCUUUCUGACGGCCUUUGCGUUGGGCGUUGCUAAAUAUCAUGAGAUAAUGUUGAGAGUGUUCUGAAAGAAAAAUGGCGGUGAUCACAGUAAGAAGAUGAGGGCCUUAAAGAAUAAUGAUGUGGAUAGACAUAGAAAGAUGUUAUUAGAUCAAACACAAUUGCAUUCAUAGGAGAGAAAUAUGUUGUUCUCUUAUCCUUUCUAUCUCAGACAAAAAAGUAUCUUCACAAGCUAGGAAGUAAGACAACAUCUGCCAAAGUUCAGCAGUUAGGAAGUAAGACAACAUCUGCCAAAAUUCAGCAGCAGCAAAAGCUCACGUCUUUUUGAGGGCAAUGCUAAUGUUUAUCAACACGACAACACAUUGACCAUGUUUGGCUCUGCAACACAACUUGAGAAGGAGAAAAUAACAGAAUGUUGAAGCAGUUCUAUAACAAAUCAGAUCAGAUCAGAAAGAUUCAGAUCAGAUCAGAUCAGAUCAGAAAGAUUCAGAUCAGAUCAGAAACAUUCAGAUCAGAUCAGAAAGAUUCAGAUCAAAUCAACAACAUUCAGAUCAGAUCAGAAAGAUUCAGAUCAGAUCAGACCAGAUCAGAAACAUUCAGAUCAGAUCAGAAACAUUCAGAUCAGAUCAGGAUGAGACUAGAGUCUGUUUCCUGCACCACUGUUCGGGUGAUCAACUCAUGGGAGGCGUGGUUAGUGCUUCCUGUUCCUGUUUCAAAUAAAAAUGUAUUUGCUAAUGGAUAUGUUCUAAAUUAUGUUUUGCAAACGUUUUGGAGCCUGCAUACUCGUGAUUGCCACAUGUGGCCAUUAUCAAAUGCUUGUAUUCCGCACUUGUUUAAUUUAAUAUUGAUGUUGUUUAUAUGUGUUUACUAACCGGAUUGGUGUAUGAAUCUUUCG